AUGAAGCACCGGUCGUGGGGAAGGCCCCCAGGGUCGAGCACGCAUUUCCCUCCGGGCCCCUGUCUCGCAUGCCAGGAGUCAAGGGCGUUAAAAACGCCCCUGCCCUGGUUUACGAGGCGCCGUGCGCUGGACCUCCUGUGGGCUGACAGGGUAAGCCCUGCACAUCGCGCGUGUUGCGCGGCGUCCUGGCGGGUCUCUGGCCUCUGGGAGCUCCCAGGAGGUUUACGGACCACGCACUUGUAUCCCAGGGUAGGGGCGUUUUUGCACCCCUCAAAGGAGGAGGACCAGGUGCCGCAGCCCCGCUACCCUGGGUUCGACAAGUACCCCGACUGCGUGCGCGUCACCUUCUCCUUCGAUGAGCGGGAGCUGCUGACAGGCAGCCAGGAGCUCGGGCUGCGGUACGCCAGCGCAUGCCAGGAGCUGGGCGAGGCCCUGGGCAUCGACCCCGCCGUCCUGGCGGAGGCGUACGCGGACCCGCGGCUGCGCAGCGCGACCGGGAGGGAUGUCGCGGCCGUGGGCGCGCUGCCAGAGGACGAGUGGCCCGUCACGUUCGAGUUCCCGAAGCAGAGAAGGAGGUACAACCUCCUCUUCGGUCUCGGUGGCUCCGGCAAGACGACGCUGCUGCGCGCCCUCGGGAGGCGCUCGGGGCAGCCUCUGGAGGCCACGGCGGGCCAGGGCUGCCGCGUGGAGUCGCUGGCGCUCGACGACUUCACCUGCUUCACGUCGUGGGACAUCACUGGGCUCAAGGAGGCGUCCCGCAAGCUGCUGGAGGGGUACUGCCGGGACGUUCUCAGCGUGUGUUUCGUCGUCGACGCGAGCGACCCCAGCCGCAUCGACGAGGCACGGCAGGCGCUCGCCGACCUGCUCGGCGAGUCCUCGGCACUCUCUGGCGCGACGCUGCUCGUCUAUGCCAACAAGCGGGACGUGGAGGGCGCGCUGCCAGCCACCGAGGUCGCGGAAAGGCUGAUGCUGUCGAGCUUGCGCAUAGCGAGGUGCUUCGUGCAGUCGUCCUGCGCCGUCACUGGGGACGGCGUCUUCCAGGGCAUCGCCUGGCUCUCCCAGGCCAUCGGCGGCGCCAGGCCCUCGGCCGACGGCGCGGAGGAGCCCACGCCCACCGGCGGCGCGGGGCCCUCGGCCGGCGACGCGGAGGAGUCCACGUCCAUCUGA